AUGACGAAAGGUAAAAAUACUAGCAAACAACAACAACAACAACAAGGCGAAGGGAAGGUGCUGAAUUUUGACCAUCUCGUCUUUUGGGUUGCCAAUGCUAAAACGGCGUCCAGUUACUUCAUUACAAGGUUCGGGUUCAAACCAUUAGCUGUGUGUGAAGCCACCCCUGAAAGACCUGUGCUGUCCUAUGCUGUCCGGUUGAAUAAGAUAAUCAUAGUAUUCGAGUCGCCUAUUACCCCUGAAGGCGUUAUGGCUAAAGAUCUAUUAGUUCACGGAGACUUCGUGAAAGAUGUAGCUUUUGCAGUGCAGGAUCUUGAUAAGCUAGUGAAGAAGGCUAAAGAAGGAGGAGCGGAGAUUGUAAAAGGGGUCACUGAGGAAGGAGAUGAGAAUGGGAAAGUGAGAUAUGCGGUUUUAAAGACAUACGGUGAUAAUACGCACACUUUGAUAGAUCGCAGCAAAUAUACCGGAAUCUUACUGCCCGGUUAUCAACCAGCAGAGGACGAUGUACUUAACCAUAUUUUACCCGCAAUCAAUCUGGAGUUCAUAGACCACGUCGAGGGCAACAUGGCUGAUGGUACCCUGGAGGACUCCAUCUCCUGGUAUGAGAAGAACCUCAAUAUGCACAGAUUUUGGUGCGUCGACUACGACCAUGAUAUCACACCUUAUUCCUGCAUCAAUUCCGCUUCUGUCAUAAAUCAAACCGAAACUGUGCUUCUGUCAAUGAACGAAGCUGCUAAAGGUCUGCGACCUACCAGCAAAGCUACCGAAUUUGUGAAGGCUCUUGGAACUUCUGGCGUCGAACACGUCGCUCUUUAUACCGACGACAUUGUUACUACUAUGAGAAACUUAAAAGCUCGAGGCGCUGAUAUUCUUUCCUGGCCACCAACUUACUAUGACCUCAUCAGGAAGAAGCUGAGCGAAAGCUCUGUCAAGGUAGCGGAAAGCGUAGACGAAUUGCAAAAGAACAAUAUAUUGAUUGACUUCGACGAGAGAGGAUACAUGCUGCAGGCGUUCACAAAACACGUCCAGGCCAGGCCUACGGUCUUCAUUGAGAUUCUGCAAAGGAGAAAUCACAGAGGAUUUGGAGCUAUGAACUACAAGUGGGUAUUCGAAGCCAUGGAGCUUCUGGAUGCGUCUAAUACUAAUAAAGACGAGAAGAUUGUAGAAUCCAAGAUUGAUUGAGAAGAUUGAAGAUUGAAGAGAAAGCUUAACAAAUUUGCUCGCAUUGAA